AUGCCCGAUCCAGCCAAGACCGCGCCCAAGAAGGGAUCAAAGAAAGCCGUGACCAAGACGGCCGGCAAAGGAGGCAAGAAGCGCAGAAAAUCCCGGAAGGAGAGCUAUGCCAUCUACGUGUACAAGGUUCUCAAGCAGCGCAUCGCCGGUGAGUCUUCUCGUCUGGCUCAUUACAACAAGCGCUCCACCAUCACCUCCAGGGAGAUCCAGACCGCCGUGCGCCUGUUGCUUCCCGGCGAGCUGGCCAAGCACGCCGUGUCCGAGGGUACAAAAGCCGUCACCAAGUACACCAGCUCCAAGUAA